AUGGACGACGAAUACCCUUUUUCGUACGAGGAUGGGACCAGGAUUACCGUGAGAUUAUUUGUAGCCAGCAGCAUUUUCCGAUACGUUCGGGUAUUUAAUCUGCCUCCGGAAAUCGACGAUACAGAAAUUGCAACAGUUUUGGGGCAAUACGGAACAAUCAGACAACACAUACGUGAAAAAUUCGCAGCAAACUCAAGCUUCCCAGUAUUCAAUGGGGUCCGUGGGAUCCAUAUGGAGGUCGCCAAGGAGCUCCCUGCAAAUAUUAUCAUCGCUCGUUUUAAAAACCUUGAAACCCCGAAGCAGCUCAAUACCUUCAGUGAGAUCGAGAACACAUCAGUUGCUGUGAAAUCGGUACCUUCGGUGGAAGCCACGAGCAGCGCAGAAGACGAUCACGAACAAUACGACGACGGAGUUGAUGGUGAUAACGACGCCGAUGAUGAUGAUGAUGAUGAUGAUGACGAUAACGAUGACGACGCUGAAAUGGAGUCGGAAAAGGUAAAUCUGAAGCGGACAAUAUCCAGCCCCAGUUCGGCAUCGGAAAAGGAAAAGGAAACUAAAAAGAAGAAAAAAGUCGAAGAACAAGAAUUCAUCGGUUUCAGCGAUUGCGUCAAUUCCGGAAACGAGCCCAAUCGAGAUCAUCGGACGCCGGACCAGAAUGAAAAAAUCAGCAGCAGCGACCAAAACUGCCACGCAGCGGCCACUGGGACGUUCCGGGCAUGUUCCGGGGAUCUGCGCAAUAUCAGCCAGUCGGAAAAAAUAUAA